AUGCAAUUACAGGCAUUGGAAUCCAACAAAACUUGGACUCUCACUUCACUUCUUACUAGCAAGACACCCAUUGGUUGCAAAUGGGUUUACAAGAUCAAACGUUACUCUGAUGGCUCUAUUGAGCGUUAUAAGGCAUGCCUCAUGGCCAAGGGAUACACUCAGAUCGAGGGUAUCGAUUACCACGACACUUUCUCUCCCACUGCCAAGAUUAUCAUUGCCCAUUGCCUUCUUGCCCUUACAGCGGCUCAAAAUUGGUCCUUCCACCAGCUUGAUGUCCAUAAUGCCUUUCUUCAUAGUGACCUCCAUGAAGAAAUUUAUAUGACACCACCUCCUGGUCUUCGGCGACAGGGGGAGAACAUAAUAUGUCACCUCAACAAGUCAUUGUAUGGUUUGAAACAGGCAUCUCGACAAUGGUUUGCAAAGUUCUCAGAAGUUAUCCAGGCUGUAGGUUAUGUCCAAUCUAGAGCUUACUAUUCCCUCUUCACUUGUAAACAAAGGAAGUCCUUUACUGCUCUCUUAAUAUAUGUUGAUAUAUUGAUAAUAGGAAAUGAUGUGGCUGUUAUUAAUUGUCUCAAGCAAUUCCUUAAUACUCGUUUCAAGAUUAAAGACCUUGAAUUUUUCUUGGGGAUUGAAGUUUCUCGUUCUAAGAAGGGUAUAUGCAUCUCACAGAGGAAAUACACCUUGGACAUUCUUAAGGAUGAUGGUGUUUUAGGAGCACAACCAAUCUCUUUUCCCAUGGAACAAAACACCAAGCUCGCCUCUGACACAAGAGAAUUACUUAAGGACCCAUCUAAAUACAGAAGAUUAGUGGGUCGUUAA